AUGUCGGCCGCCGCUCCCUCAACUGACCCGGUCCAAAACGCAUCUUCAGGGAAGAAGAAGAGCGGCAAGAAGAAGAAGAAUGCGAACAAGCCCAAGGAACCCAUAGAGACCGACGGCGGGGCCUCGCACCGCGACGCUGGCGAGGAUGGCGAUGAUGAACCGGAAACCCCGGUGCAGGACACCACGCCUGCAGAAGAAGCCAGCCCCGGACAGGCGACAGACAAGGACACAACGGCCAAUGGCCACACCGAAAGGCCGACGAGCAACGGCCACGCGAAUCCCCCGAUAGAAAAAGCAGCGGAGGAGCAGGGCGCCGGCUCCGAUACCACGGCUAAGCUAGACGCUCUCACGAAGGAACGAGAGGCACUGCGCACAGAAGUCGAGGCAUUAAGAAAGCAGCUGGAAACCAUCCAGGGGACACACAAUGAGACGGUCACGAAUCUCAAGUCGGAGCUGGAAGAGACCGCGUCAGCCAAGGAACAGGCGGAAGAAAAUUACCAGGCGCUUCUUGAGCGUGUAAAUCACCUCAAGUCGACCCUCGGCGAACGUCUGAAGCGCGACCGCGCUGAACUCGAAGAGGCCAAAGAGCGCAUCGAGGAACUCGAGGCCCAAAACGAGGAACUGCAGAACGGCGCAAAGGCAUCCGAGGAUGAAGUGGCCAAACUCAAGGAGGAACUUCAAGAUACUUCGCGCGAAGCGACGAGCCUGCGUAGCCGGAGCAACUUGUCUCAACAAAAUUGGGUCAAGGAGCGAGAAGAGCUGAUGAGGCUGGUCGCGAACCUCAAGGAGGAGGUCGAGACGACGACGAACGCCAUGGGCGAAUGGGAGGUUAUCGCAAUGGAAGAGCGCUCCGUCAAGGAGAGCUUGGUGGAGAAGGUUUCCGAGUUGGAGGAACAAAUCCAUAGCCUCCGCGAGGGCUACGAGAGCGCCUCGUCCGAGCGAGACCAGCAAUCGCAGGUCAUCGACAACUUGCAGAAGGCACUGCGCGAGAUUCAGGAAGCGCGAAAGAGGGAACUGCGGGAGAUGGUCGAGACAUCGGAGGAGCAGCUCCAGGCUAUGAAGAAGCUCGUGCAGGAGGCCGACACGAGGGCUACAGAAGCCGAGGCUGCAAAGGAGAACCUCACCAAGGAGCUCGAGCGUACGGCGCCCUUCGAAAAGGAGGUAAAGGAGAAGAAUCUUCUCAUCGGUAAACUGCGGCACGAAGCUAUUGUGCUCAAUGACCAUCUUACCAAAGCCCUUCGCUACCUGAAGAAGACGAAGCCAGAAGACAACGUAGAUAGACAAGUCGUCACAAACCACCUCCUCCACUUCCUCACUUUGGAUCGAUCCGACCCCAAGCGCUUCCAGAUCCUGCAAGUCAUGGCUGGCUACCUGAAUUGGAAUGAUGAGCAACGCGAACAGGCUGGUCUCGCACGCCCGGGGACUUCGACAAACAGCCUGCGACUUCCUGCCUCCCCUUUCCAUCGCACCCCAUCAACCCCUUCGCUCAGCACAGAAUUCUUCUCCGAAACACCCACGUCGGCCAACAAGGAGUCGCUCGCCGACUUGUGGGCCGGUUUCCUGGAGCGCAGCGCCGAGGAGGGUCUCAACCAGUCAGGAGUUCCCCGCGAUCGCAAGGACAGUGCCAGCAGCGCGGCGACGAGGCCCGACACCCGCGGCGGAUAG